GAAACAGGAAUGUAUCAUGUUACAAAAAUCAAGCAAUGCCUAUUGACUGUGUGUCAUAAUAGUUUCAUAUCCAUAUUCAUUUGAAAUUAUAAAUAGUAUUGACUUUAAAAUUUUAAAUGCAUGGCCAUGUAAAUGAACUAAAAUUGGAGUAUAAUUUCAAAAUUGGGAUUAAGUAGCAUUUGAGCAUAGUGACAAACACUGGUUACACUUCAAUACGAAUGCAUAAAAUACAUGCAAUCAGUGUUAAUGCAUGAAACUGAAUAUUCGAACAUGAUUUCAGAAUAAGUACAUGUUAUGGUAUCGCUUAUUCAGAGUGUGAAGUGGUAAAAUAUAAGAUCAAGAUGUUUUCUCGGUAUGGAAACACUCCUUACCUAGGCUACUCGGAUCGUCAGCCAUAUGCUGGAAAUUACAACAUCAGUUCAUACAGAAGGGGGGAUGCCAGCGUAAGAACAUCUUACUAUGGACCAAGUCGGAGAACGCGAUAUUCCUGGGAGAGGGACAGCCUUAUUAACAGAAACAGAGGCUCCAACACGUCACGAAGACCUGUCGCAAACCGAGAAGCUGCACCAAGUAUAGAGCUGAGAAAGGCGCUGAAUGUUGUAGGGGUAGAUCUGCAUAUCCCGGACAACACACGGCAACACAGGACCGACGAGUACGAUAGGACAAGCAGCAGGUCGGUCGGUGACCAACAACUUCCGGCAGAACUUGUCAUCCGACGUGGUGACAGCUUCCGUAUAACGUUGACGUUUGAUCGACCGUACGAUGUUGAGAUGCAUGACAUUCGAUUAAAUUUCUCGUUGGGUGAAGUGAAAUCAUCUGAGCAGGGUACGGAAGUGGAGUUUUAUGUCUACGAAAAAGGAAGGGUGGCGUUCAAGCCAUUCCAAUGGGAUGGCUGUAUAGUUCAGCUGCGUAGCAACUCCGUCACAGUGGAGGUCAAUGUAUCAGCAUAUUGCAUCGUUGGAGAAUGGACUAUGCAGGUGAAAACAUAUGUUGCUGAAAAAGACCACGCCGGACGAGAAGCAGUUAAAGAAUUCGCUUACGAACAUGAUACAGACAUCACAAUUCUCUUUAACCCAUGGUGUAAAGAGGACGGAACAUUCAUGCCGAAAAUGCGGGGCCCUGAUCACCCGAACGAAACCUAUGACUUGAAUGAGUAUGUGCUCAACCCAGCUGGCUGUGUUUACCGGGGAAACGCUUGGACCCGAGGUGCAAAGCCGUGGAACUUCGGACAGUUUGACGAGGGAAUUCUUGAUGUUGCGCUCUUCUUGAUGAGGCGUGGCUUCAAGGAAGUCAAUUUGAGAGGGAUGUCCGAUCCGGCUACCGUGGCUAGAAUGAUUGCGCAAUGGGUGAAUUCUCGAGAUGAUGAAGGUAUUUUGGUCGGUAACUGGACUGGAAAGUAUUUUGGAGGAACAAAGCCAACAGCAUGGGCCGGUAGUGUGAAAAUCCUGCAACAGUAUAAACAAACAGGAAGGCCUGUGAAAUAUGCUCAGUGCUGGGUAUUUUCCUGCGUUACUACUACCGUGUGUAGAGCCCUAGGAAUACCCUGUCGGACGGUGACCAACUUUGCUUCCGCUCACGACACAGAAGACAGCUUGUGUAUUGAGAAAUACUUCCAGAAACGUGGGGGAACUCUGGAGAAAGUUGACGUUUCUUUUUCACAUGACUCCAUCUGGAAUUUCCACGUCUGGAACGAAGUGUGGAUGUCUCGACCUGACCUCGACACGCAUGGGCGGUUUGAUGGUUGGCAGGUCAUUGAUUCCACGCCGCAAGAGAAGAGCAAUGGUGUGUUUACAUGCGGCCCCGCCCCAUUAGCGGCAAUCAAAGAAGGCAUGUGUAACAUCAAAUACGACACUGGGUUCGUGUUUGCUGAGGUAAAUGCGGAUGAAGUUCACUGGGAACAACUACCAAAGUUUGGCACAUUGAGGCGUUUAAAGCUGAACACUGCAGAUGUUGGCAAGAAUAUUAGCACCAAAUAUCCUGACGGACAUCCGUACGAGAUACCGAUUACGAGCCGCAGUCACAAUGUCCCGUUUUCGGAGAUGAGACGAUUUGAUAUAACCCAAUUGUACAAGUAUCGUGAAGGCAGCGAAGCUGAAAGGCGAGCUGUAAUGAUGGCACACCAGACGGCCAAGGCACCGAUACCUGACACAUAUGCCGUAGAAAAAGAACAAGAGUUUUUGAAGUUCAAGUUGUUGCACAGUAACGAGGUGAUGAUCGGAUCGGAUCUGGAUGUCGAUCUGGUAGCCUUUAACCACACCGGAACUGAACAAACGGUCACCGCCGCUUUCAUCAAAGUCUAUCCGAAAACUUACGACGGCAAGACUGGGCCAAUGUUCUUCAAAAGGGAUUUUGAUUGGGUGAAAGUACGUCCUGGAGGAAACGUACCUAUGCGAGCCACCAUUACGGUACGAGAUUACCUGCCUCACAUUUUCGAGCUUGCAAAUUUGUUCAUCGAGGCUUCAGCCAGUGUACAGUCAACGGGCUCACAGCCGCCACAGUCGGUCUACAAGUCACAUGAUUUCCGCUUCCGUCGCCCGGAUAUGUAUGUCAAGGCACCAGAGCGAUGUUACAUAGGGCGGCUAUCACAGUUUGAGGUGACCUUUCGCAACCCUCUACCUGUUCGUCUGGUGAACUGUGACAUAUCUAUGGAAAGCGAUGCCUUUGAAGAUAUUCGAGACGAACGUGUCCCUGAUGUUCCCGAAUGGGGCGUCUUCAGUAAGACUUUCCGUUUGGUUCCACGGCGACUGAGGGGACACCACGUGGUGUUCAGUUUUGACUGCAGCACCUUGGAGGACAUAUCCGGGUCUGCUUCAGUGUAUAUCGAGCGAUAAAUGUUCCCACUAACGAAUACUACAAGCUGACUUAUACCUUCGUUUCUGAAAAAGGAAAGGCUUACAGACCCGAUUCAAUAGGCCUAUGUUUACUUUGUUGUUGUUGCUGUUGUUGUUGUUUUUUCUUUUGUGUGUUUCGUACUUGUUAUACUUUAUAUGCGCUCCUUUGUGUCAGUGUUUUCUUAUCAUCAAAAAUCCGAAAAUUCAUGUCGCUAUACUAACACUUAUUUCACUCGCCAUAUACAGUUGUCAUGUUUUAAUGACCUGCUUUAGUUUUCUUUCGUUUACAUUUUUUUCAGAUUUUAAUAUAACUAGCUCAUUAUAUGUUUUGAUAUGAUAAUGAGUCAUGUAUGAAUUAGUUGACUCAGUUGUUACAUUCGUUAGUACAUUCAUACAUUAUAUGAAUCUUCUUACUCACUGACAUUAUAUUGCUGUGAAAACUACUUUUUAGUCCGAUGGAACCUUAUUAAAAACAUGAAUCCCUACCAAGACCUCGGUGAAGACAAAGAACAAUGACAAGUACGAGACACAUUUAAAUAGUAGAUAAAAUGAUUUAGGAUGUUAAAUUCUAGGAUACAGAAUACAUUUGGUACUUAUUUUAUCGCAUUAUUUAACAUUUUAUCGAAUUAAACAUUUAACUUCA